AUGUUUGUUCGGGAGCUGGCUCGGGGUCUGAGGGCGCUUAUUAUUGCUAAUGCUGAGUUUGCUGUUUGUGGUGGCGGCCAUAUGAGCACUCUGGGCUCUAAAAACACCGAAGGCGGUGUUUUAGUUGGUAUAUGGACGUUAACUGAUUUGCAGUUGAGUCACGCGUGGGUGAUGGCGCUCUGA